AUGCUGCGCAUCAACAUCCCCCCCGUCACCCGCGCGAUCCUCACCAGCAUAGCGGUCCUCUUCAUCCUGCACACGGCGACGAAAUACAAGCACUAUGCCACCGAGGGGUCAUCGUCUGCCCUUGCAGUGCCGUACCUCGUCGUCGUCCCCUCAAAAGUGCUCUUCUAUCCGUGGACGCUGGUAUGCGCAACGUUUGUGGAACAGAACAUCGUCACUCUGUUGAUCAACGGAGCCACGAUGUUCUAUGGAGGAAAGUAUUUAGAACGGGCCUGGGGCUCGAGGGAGUUUGGGAAAUUCAUACUCGUGCUUGCUCUGGCCUCGAACCUGGCCAUGACGCUGCUCUAUCUGGGCACGGCUGCGGUUCGCGGCCAGUCUGAGAUUGCGUAUGUGGUCACCUCUACCCGCUCUUCUGGAAUCAAUCUGCUAACCAUCUUGCCGAGUUUUAGCAUGAAGGGCGUUGGUGGUGGAAUUGCGGUCCAGUCGGCCUUCCUCGUUGCGUUUAAACAGCUCGUCCCCGAGCAUACGGUUACCAUUCUCCGAGGCCUCGUGAAGGUGCGAGUAAAGCAUUUCCCGGCUAUAUUCCUCCUUCUCAACUUUAUCGGUGCUCUCUUCCUCGGAACAGACGUUGCAUUCCACCUCAGCUGGCUCGGCCUGUUGAUCAGCUGGACAUUCCUCCGAUUCUUCAAAUACCAGCCGGAUCUCUCUGGAACCUCUACGGGCGGCCCAGGCAUCAAAGGAGAUGCCAGUGACACAUUCGCGUUUGCCUGCUUCUUCCCGGACGCCGUGCAGCCACCAAUCACGUUUGUUUCAGAUCACAUCUUCGCUCUCCUUGUGGCAAUCCGUAUUUGUACCCCAUUCUCUGCGGAGGAUGUUGCGUCUGGGAAUGAACAGGCGUUAGCGCGUGGAGAGGCUGGCCUUCCAAGCUUGUUAAAUAAUAACGUCCGUGGGCCGCUUAGGUCUGGAAAGAGAGAGGAAGCUGAACGACGGAGGGCCCUGGCACUCAAAGCCCUGGACCAGAGACUACAGGCUGCAAGCUCGAACAAAGGGCCACAACCACCGGUAGCCCCCUCCGCACAAUCAUCUCAAACUCCAGCAACAGCCCCCACGGCACCGGCAGUUUCUGCUGGAGAAACCAUGCUGGGCGAAACAAGCUACACUCCUGACCGCUCUUAA